AGGCGAUCCAUCGGAUUAUUUAGGAUUUAUACAUUAUUGAAAAUCUUAUAAAAUCGAAGUAUGUAAUGGGUAUUAUAAUUAUGGAUAGACUGUUUGUACUGUGACUUAGUCUGCAUUACGACACAAAUUGGUUUCCAUUUUUGGAAAGUCAGGCACUUUCCAAGAUGGCGAUUAGACACAACCUAGGUAGUGAACUAGAAUUAUGAGAAGGUUCAUUUAGUGUAUGUAAUAACGUGGUUAUCAUUCAUAUUUGCUUUAAAUAUUGACUUCUGUUUCCUUCAGGAGAACUCGGUAUGUCGAAUGUUAUUUGUUUCAAUGUGUCGCAUAUUUUAGCAGAGAUAGCUGAAAACCACAAUUUUUUGUUUAUAAAUUUCCAUUUGCGAUUAGUUUGAUGUACUACAUCAUCAUGUAGUGUCAGCACGCUGCGUUUCGUUGACUGACGUAUAGUCCAUGAAGCACAAUUUCGGGCAAUGGCUUGAGAGUCGAAAAAAAUGGAGUAUAGAGGAAAGAUGGAAGAAAAGCUGAAGGAGAGAAUUGGAUUUCUGCGAGAUAAACUUGUGCAAGGUAUUGAUGUUGAUAAACUUGUCGCCAUAAUAAAACGGGAUCAGCUCUUGCCGCACGAUCGUAUUGCGGAAAUUGACAAACAAACAACUGCCGGAAAACUUGACAAACUGGUGGACGAAAUUGUAACAGCCAAAGAUGGUGUUUACAGCAAACUACUUUCUGCAGUGGAGCAAACCCAGCAAUGUCGAUUCAUGUAUGGAGUGCCCUCUAAUUCUCCAGCUUAUGUUCACAGAACACCGCCAGUACUGACAGACUCCUACUCAACAUCAUUGACAUCUGACUCGGAUGAUGACCUGAUCCGUAUUCACAAACCAGUAAUGACAGAUACCCACAUAAAGGACUUCUCUGGCUGUAGAAAAGUGACAAACAUCCUCACACAGUAUGGGUAUGGACAUUCGGCCAGCAGCAGUUUUCCUGCCUUGGACCGCUGCUCUCCACUUCCUGUUCUGGAUGAUCACCAUACCCUUGAGCGACUGUCCCCACUAGAGGUUCAACGCAAGCAUAUUGGCUCUGAGAGCCAGUAUGACUGGUUCAAGAAUCAAUUUGAGGGAGCCUUGAGUGAGCUUCAGUCUCUGAAACAACAAAAUGCAGAAAAGAUUGGACAGUUGUCAAAGGAAGCAGAAUAUUUCAGAAACAUAUACAAGAAGUCUGAGGCCCUUGUGCAGCAAAUGCAGGAUGAAGCACGAAGUACAAAAGAACUUAAUGCAGAACUAAUAGCAGCCAAACAGCACCUGCAGGAGACUGUUACACAGCUGGAGAAGCUUCGUGAGGAGGACAAACAUGAACUGGCAGAACUAUGGGCACAGUAUCAUAAGGCGGUAGCUUCCUUUACAGGUCCUACAGCAGGAGCAUCCAAUACUGAUGGUUUUACAGAUAUAUAUGAUGUGUCACUUGAAAAGUAUGAAGUUCUUCGAAAGGAAUAUGACAAGUUACGAGAACGCUAUGCAGACUUAGCUUCAUCACAUUCUUCAGUCCGCUGCCAGCUGGAUGCUGUCGCUGAUGUUCGAAAGCAGUUGGAAGAUGCACGCUUGGAGCGAGAUACUGCUUUGCGUGAGAAGAGACAGUUACAGCAACACCGCGCAGCAGUUGUCCAGAAACUUGAGGAAGCAGUACGUGAGAACCAUGAGGUUGUGUCGAAAAUUACCUGUAUGAGGCAUGAACAUGAGAACUUGCGACAGGUGGUAGCCAAGCAGAUACAGCAGUUACAGAGUGAUUGUAGUAAGGCUUUAGCUGAGCGUGAUGCAGCUGUUCAGGAGUACACACAGAUAAUGUCAGAACGGGACACUGUACACAAAGAGAUUGAACAACUUCAAGACAGGUUAUCAGAAAUGACAGGUCUGACUGAAAAGCUGAAAACAGACAAACUAUCAGCCCUGCAGGAAGUUGAGCAUUUACAACAAGAACUGGCAGCAGCCCUAGCAGCACGAGACAAGUACAAGCUGGAAUCACAGAGUGCAAUGGAGGCUCGAGCACAACUGGAAGCAGAGCGUCGGGAACUGAAAAAGGAAUUUGAGUUAGUGGAGCAACAGCGAGACAUUGCACGCAAAGAGAGGCAUCAGGCGUUGGAACAAAUGGAUGCAUUGAUCAAGGAGACAUAUGAGAAGACACAAAAAGAGAAGGCAGAAGAAAUGGACCAAGUUGCCAAGGAGACCGAGGUCCUAAAGAAGCAGAUUGACAAAAUGAAGAAUGAACUAACUGAUGCAGAACAGGAAGCCAUCGUUGCUACCAAACGCCGUGAUUGGGCCUUUAGCGAAAUUGAUAAGAUUGUACAAGAAAGGGAGAGCAUUCGAACAUUGUGUGAUAACCUUCGUCGUGACCGUGAUCGCGCAGUCAGUGAACUGGCAAAAGCCUUGCGCACAUCUGAUGAAUGUGAGAAACAGAAAAAUGAUGCUGUGAAAGAGUUGAAAGAAGUGAGAGAAAAGUAUGAAGCAUUAGCUGAGAGAGAUGCAAGACGACAGCAACUUAAUUCCAUCAGCCACAACCACAGUCGAGAUUCUGCUAUUGAUGCAGACCUUCAGGAGUGGGAAACAGAGACUUUAGAAAUAGAGCUUGAUGCAGUGGGUGGGCAUGACUUUGGAUUUGAGCUUGUUGGAGGCAAAGAAGAUCCCCAGUUCCCCAGUGACAACUCUCUUUUUGUCAGUCAUAUUAUCAAGGGAGGCACUGCUGAAGGCAAAUUAAGGGUGAAUGAUAUGCUUCUUAAAAUCAACAAUCUUGAUACCACCAACAUUGAACAUCGGCGUGCAAUGCAGGAACUGUGCAAACAUGCCAAGGCACUUACUUUAGUUGUGAGGAGACGCAAGUCUACAUCUACUCGUAUUUGGCAGCCUCUUCAGCUUCUUAUUUCUAGCCAGAAAGAUUCCAGUAUUCAGAUUGAGCAGGCAUUGUUUAUCUCAGCAGUACUUCCAGCAGGAUUUGUGGCCAAGGAUGGCAUGCUGCCAAGUGUUGGGGACAGGCUCAUUAGUAUAAACCAUCAGUCAACAGAGGGUCUGACAGCACGAGAAGCCAUGAAGUUGCUAGACUCGGCAUCGCAGCCUGUAGUACUUGAUGUAGGGCGACAGACAUCUCCUGUCUCCUCUGCUGGUUCUUCACCAACACCUACUAUUGCAUCUGUCCUUUCCCCUCUUACAGGCCACCUGACUCCAACACAGCAGUCUACAGCUAUAUCCAAGCCAGACACACCGACAGCUGGAAUGUGGGAUAGUACAUCAGCAGAUAGCACACGAAGUGGUGGUGGCAGCAGCAAAAAUCUUCGCAGUUCUGGUUCUCAGACUGAUAGCCUUGACUCUCCAGGACCCAGUCCACCCAAGGCUUUACGCAACCACAAUCAUGACAAGGUUCGACAUAGCAUGCCUGUCCUUGACAAAGCCAAGGAGACGGUAGAAAAGAUUUUUCGUUCUCGCCAUAAAAGUCAGGACCGUGAGCAGGUUUGUGAGCGAGAUCACCAACAUGGGGAGGACAAAAUUCCAGAAAAAGAAAAAGAUAAAGAUCAUCACAGAGACAGGGAAAGAGGGCAUAAUAAACGAGAGAUGGAAGAGAAAGGCAGAGAAGUAGGGGUGAGGCUUGUAUCCAGUGUCACACAGACAGCACAUUUGGGACCUGAUGAUGAUGGUGAAAAUCCUGCAUUAGCCUUGAGCAAGACAAGUCCUGAGCCAUGGGGUAGAUCUCGCAAACGUGAAUAUGAGGAAAAUAGCAAUAGUGGAACAUGGCCCAAGUCUCGCAGUGGUCCAUCCAUUAACUGUGCAGUGCCUUCUACAGUGUCUGUAACUCCAGCAAAGGAGCGGCCCUCUAUCAAAGACCCCUUUCUUUUUGAACCACCCAAAUCACGUGAUGGAAGAGGAUGUAGUGGAGGGUAUUCAUUAAGUCAUAAUGGUAUGCAUCAUGUACAACAAAAUUUUGAAUCAACCUUGAAGUGCCCAGUGACAGUGACUGCUCCACAACCCUUGUCUUCCCCAAAAUCAGCACCCCACUUCUGUGUGGGUAUGAUACAAACCCCACCCACUGCCAGUUCUGGUAGUGGAGUUCGUUCUACCAGUGGAGUUCGCUCUUCAUUCCCUCCAAAGUCUGUACACUCUCCAACUGCUCAUCAUGUCAGCUCAUGCUAUCCCAAAAACUCACAACCUAAUCCUCAUCCCAUUCAUCCUUAUUCACAUUCCCAUCCCCAUCAUCGACAUCCUCCUCCCCAUGUUCACCCGGUUUCUCAUUCUCUCACACAGCCACAGUCAUUGCCCAGCCACUCAGGUCCAAAAUAUGUAUUUCCUGAUCCACGUGUAGAACCAGCAACCCAGCAUAUGACUGCAAAACCAGCCGUCAAACCACAGAGGCCCACACCCACUCAGCAGCGAGUGUAUCACACAGAAAAACAGUGGCUCCCUUCCUCACACUGGUUUCCUCCACAUUAUCAUGUAGGGUCACCCCAGUCCUAUCCAGUUCAUCCGGUGUCACCUGAGUGUGCAGUUGCUGCUCGACCAGCCUCCCUUGAAGUUCCUUAUCCCAUUCGGCAUGGAGACCUUCCACUAGAAUCCCUUGAGGCAAAACUGCCUUCACCAGCCGGAUCGUCUGUGGGAUUAGGAUUAUCAGGCCGAUCAUCUCAGUCCUCUCAGCAUCAACAUCACAUUGCCAGAUACAGUACACCACCUGGCACUUUCCCUGGCAUCAGCUUUGAGCUUGAUGUGGAGAAGGUCUUGUGUCAUCCCACACAGCCCUCAUACCCAUCCCCAGACCGCUGCAUCUCUCCUAGCAUGUCCCAGCAGAGUUUCUCUGUGCCAGACCGAAUUACUCCAACACCAAGUGAGGAGACUCCAUUGCGCUAUGCUCGCAACACCACUCAUGGUAGUCACAUUCGACCUGUGUCAGAGGUGGAACAUAGAUAUAUGGUCUUUUCCAAGCAUGAAAAGCUGUUGGAACGCAUCCGAAUUCCAUCCAGUAGUGGUGUCACGCCUAAAUCAGGCUCUGUGGAAAUAGUGUCCAGUCCUGUUUCACCAGGUUUUCGUUUUGACCCAAUUGCAUGUCCAAGCAGGAGAGUUUCUCAGUCCUCUUGCAGGGAGGACUAUAUGUAUAGUCCCCAGCAUCAUGAGACCAGAACAAUCACCUUUGAGAAAAGUUCUGAACCAGUUGGUUUUCAGAUUCAAGGUGGUCCAGCUGGCGGUAUCUUUGUUUCUGCAGUGAAUGACAACAGCUUGGCAUCACAGGCUGGGCUUGUCAUUGGUGACCAGCUUUUGGAGGUUUGUGGUAUCAACAUGCGCAAUGCCACUCAUGAACAUGCUGUGACUGUUUUGCGUCAGUGUGGAGACAAUCUCACCAUGAAAGUUCAGUACAAUCCAGAAAAGUACAUGGAUGGUGCAGAAGUGUCCAGCUCAGUCUCUGUUGUAUCCUCCUUGGCUGCAUCUCCUGCACGUUCCAGGAAGCUUAGCUCAGGGGACAGUGAGCAGUCCACUCCUAAGCAUCAUACUCCUCAGCUGAGCAAAUCCAGCAGUUCUGCUGAUGGCAUCUAUGAACGUCCCCAUGUGGUUCAUUUAAAGCGGCCCAAGGGAGCUAAUGGACCAGGUUUCACAGUAGUAGGUGGCAAUGCUGUGGGGAUAUUUGUUCAUGAGAUUUCACCUGACUCUCCUGCCUUUUCAAAGUUACAACGCGGGGACAUGAUUUUAGAGUAUAACAACAUCAGUUUUGAGGCUAUCACUGCUGAGCAGGCCAUCCAUGAACUGAGUAAACCUUGUUCUAACAUGCGUCUCACUAUUCAAGGCAACAUGGCCAAAUACAGCAAAAUACAGAAUAUCCCAGGGGAUAAAGUGUUUAUCCGUGCCAAUUUUUCACGCACGGCUGAAGGGGAAGGAGAACUGACAUUCUGCAAAGAUGAUAUCUUGGAGGUUGAGAGUACAGUCUAUCGAGGGACUCCUGGCUUGUGGCUGGCUUGGCUGGUUGACCAGUAUGGGGACAAAGUUCACCGUGGCACAAUACCUAGCAGAGUGAGAUUGGAAGAUGAGCUUGUACUGAGGCGCAGUCACUCGGAGAGCUGGAGCUUGGGUGAUUCAGAAGAGCUGAAGGCGUCUCGACGAGUAUCAGGUUCAGCUCGCCGCAGUUUUUUUCGACGCCGGCGACAUCAGCGUAAUAGUUCAAAAGAUAGUCGAGAUCUUGGCUCAUUUUCUGAUGCUUCUCUGAACAGUGAAUCUGUUCCCAUCUUGGAUGAGUCCAUUUUGGGUUAUACGCAAGUGGAGAAAAUAGAGUAUGACCAGAUACGACCUGUUGUGCUUCUGGCACCUCUUGCAGAGCCUCUUAUCAGGAAGCUGACAUCAGAAUCACCUGACAAAUACAAAUUCUGUGAGCCUUGCAUAAUGAGGGCAGCCAUGACAGAUAUGGAACAAUCCCUGGCUGAUGGGCGAUUGAUAGACUACUGGAAGAGAGAGGAUCACUUUGAAUGUGUUCAGGUUUCACACAUCAGAGACAUUUGUGAUAAGAAAAUCCAUUGUCUUUUAAAUACCAAUCCCAGAGCAAUUGAGCGCCUUCACCGUCUGAAGAUAUACCCAAUAGUGAUAUUUGUGCGGCACAAGGGCUCAAAGCAGAUAAGAGAAAUUAGAGAUCCUCAGUUCUUGCCAGAGAAAUUAAGUAACAAGACAUCUAAGGAUAGCUUUGAGCACUUCAACAGAGUGGAGCAGGAAUACAGCCAUUUGUUUUCUGCAACCAUUCAGGGAGGCAAUCUGGCUGAAAUGUGCAUGCAGAUAAAAACCAUAAUCAGUACCGAACAAAAGAAAGCAAUCUGGGUCACUGUGUCUUGUUUGUAGCUUUGACUUUACGUUUAUCUUAGACAUGAGAACAGUAUCAUGUCAAACUGACCAGAUCUACAAGAGUUGUACAGUUUCACAUUCCUUCUGUUGAAAGACAUUAAUUUAUUAAAAGGUGAGCAAGCUGGUAAGAAAAUACUAUCAUUAUUAUAGGACUAUACAGUACGUGAUUCUCUUUGCGACACUCAACAGUUCUCUUCCAGUGGAAUCUUCAUUCCAUGCAAAUAAUUUCAGGACUUAUAACAAUCUCUGCAGCCUGCCUGCUUAUUUUAGUUAUGAGGCAAAUUUGGCAGAUUAUCUUUGUAUCUCUAAUACAGCUAUCCACUUCUGCCAGAUGUGUGAUGCUUUUACUCUUUAUAUAAUGAUUUAAAUAAAGAUGGACAGAACCAAAAUACAUUGCAAUGAUUUUUUUUUCCACAAUUGUGAAUACUAUCAUGCCAGCACAAAAUGCAAAGGCUGAUAUGUUCUUCCUAGUCAUCUCUUGCUGCACUCUAAGUAGGUAAUGUUAAACAUUGUUACUUGUGUGUUUACAGACUCUAAAGACUCCUCUUAUCUUUACUUUUCUGGUGUUAAUAGUCAUCUUCAGUUUUUUUUUAGGCAUUCAUCAUAAGCUUCCUAUGUCACAGUCUUUUCAGGUGUUGAUAGAAAGUUUCUGGUAUUACAGUGAUUGCAAUUUUGUUUUUUCAUUUCAUUAGAAUUUUUUUUAUAGUUUCUGAUACUUUUGUUUUGGAUUGUUUUGUUACGGAUGUUUUGUUUAUCUCAGUCUUAUGCAUCUAGCUUUGUUUUUAUGAUUGCUAGGUUGUUGGAUUUUUUUUUUUUGUUUUUGUUUGUUGUUUUUUUUUGGUUCAUCUUCACUUUAUAGCUCGUUUGUCAAAAAUCAUCUCCUAGUCAGUAGUAAGAUUUUAAUUAAUGCUACAUAACAUUGUAAUCCUUGGUGUCUACUAUAGUAGACAUGAUCUAAAUUUACUCUACACUUUAGCAGUAGCAGCCUUUUUUGCCUAGUUACCCCAGGUGCAUUGUGUUAACAUUUGCUUUGACAGCAUUGCUUUGACUUUUAUGUUUUUACAUUUCAGCAAACAAGGAUUUGAUGCUUUUUGCAAUUGACAGAUUGUAUAGACCUUUUUUUAACAUCAUUCUGUACAUGAAUAUUAAAGGAAUCAAAAAGAGAAAUAUCGAUUUAGGCUUAUAAGACAGACAUAAAAAUUCUGAAUUAUUUCUGUACCAAAUUUGGGGUUGAAAAAUGUUAACUUACAAUUACUGUUGUUUUUAUAUAUCACACUGACAUACUUAAGUGAGGCAUUUCUGUACUUGCAGUUUUGUUGGAAUUUACUUUAUCUUAUAUUUACUUGUUCUGUAACACUUCACCAGCAUAGCAUUAGGGACCAAAGUUAAAUGACUUUCCUAUCACAUGGAUCCACUACAGUCUUAGAGAUGUGAAAAAAAGUAAUAGCACAAGACUAAAAAAUUGCUGGAAAACCCCUAGGCACAAAGUUUUACAUCCCCAAAUAUUUAUUUCAGGAGUGUUGCAUAUUUGUAUGUUAAUUUUUUCUAAGAGAAAAGAGACUGAUAAACUACCUUUUUUUUAAUACAAUGUUAAACUUUUCCAUAACUGAGAGAGCAAGCAUGUACAUGCAACUGUUGGUGAGAUUGGGUUUGCAGAGGGCUGGUUGAAAAUAUAGUAGCCUUGUUUAAUGUGGCUGUAAAACAAUAUCUCCAGAUUUCCUUUUAGAAAAGUAGGACAUUUUUCAAAAUGCUUCAUCUGUACAAAAUUUUGCAAGCUGUUGUGAAUGUGAAAUCAUCUUGUACAUUGCCUUAUCUUUAUCACAUAAUCAGAAAUCUAAUUUUUAUUUAGUGUGAAGAUGUAGUGUACUCAUUUUAUCGUGUUUUGAAUGAUUGAAAUUUGAACUCUUAAAAAAAGAUAUGGCCAUGUUUUGAUUUUUAAACAGCUUUGUUUAACAGGAAGAAUAUCUAGGCAAAUCAUGGAAGUGAGUAAAGCCUAUAUAACAGAAUCUGUAAGCCUUGUAACCUUUCACAAGGUCUUCAAUACCAAAGUGUUGGACCUAUUUUCAGGGUGAUCCUAAAGGGACCUAUCUUAGCUUUCUUUCCAAGCAAUAUACACCAGAAGCAUAGUUAGAAAGUAUAUAGUGUAUUUCCUCUUUUAUGAUUUUAUAGAUGCAUUUUAUGUGACAUUAGCAGGAACACAAAUUGAGGUUAAAAAUACAAACAAGAGAGGCAUUGUGACUUCUGUGGCAAUACCAUACAAAACAUAUAGAUCAGAAACAGGUAAGACAUUGCUGCUAUGCCAGAUAAACUUCUCAAGGACUUCCAUAAUAACUGAAAGAUUUAACGUGUAUGACUCAAGGAUUGCUAAUUAUUCAGCUUAAAAGAAACAUCAUGAGAAAACAACAGCAGUAACAGAAGUCUCUGAUGAUUGAUGCUUCUGAGGCUUGUUUAUAUUCUAACACUACAUGUUUUCCAGAAAGAGUAUGAACAAGAUAAACAUGAGCGCAGACAUAGUAUAAAAGAUUGAAAAUUUCUUCAACCUUUGGAUCUUGCAGCUUCUCCAAGGAAAUUUGGGGGGGUUAAUUGAGUGAUUCUUCACCUUCAGCCUCAUUAAGACAAGGCUAUAGUCACUGACUAUAUUAACAUCUGGGUGUAAUCUUCUAUUUGCCUUGUUGAUACUGGAUUUGAAAAGCCUAGGCAGAAGCAUAAAGAUUUGGUUAUGGACCAGUUCAUCAUCUGACAAGUUGCAAAUUGCCAUCCUUGUUUCCUUGUGAGGAUGGGACUGUUGGCUGAGUCAGAGUCUUUGCCCCUGCCAUUGGUCUUACCAAGGUCAAAGUUACCUACUGUUCCUGCCUAUUGCUGGUAGGUGAUUUGGGCUGAUUUUGAUGUUCCAAAAUUCUUGUUCAGACUAGAAUGUUCUUUCAUGUUGCUGCCUUUAUGACCCUUUUCAACUGUUCUUAAAACUCUUCCACUUCAGUCUCUUCCUGCAUGGAAGUUAGAGUGUAAACUUAAACAAUGGUGACAUAGUGAGGCCUGGCAGAGAUGCAAAUAGAGAUUAGCUUCCAGAAAUGGAUGUAGUACAGCUGAUGACAACUCCAACCACUUCUGUAUAUAUAUGCAUAUGCAGACAACCACACCAUGCUUGAUUUGAUAAGUGUUGGAGAGUCUGUGACCUUCCUCAGUUGCUGUCUCCCCGAAGUCUGACCAUCUCACCUCCACCAGUCCCACAGUGUACCACUGGUACUGUUCUAGCUUGUGGGUGAGAUUUUUUCACCUUGCCACGCUUGUGUAAUAUGUGGAUUUUUAACGUUCCAGUGAAUUUUCGUGUACAUUCAUGGCCCCAGAUUAAAAAUUAAAGUGCUGCAGGCACAGCAUGCUUACUUAUGAAAGUUGGUCGACUAUAUUUCAGCACAUAAGAACCUACCUCGGACUAACAAGCUCAAAAGACACACACACACAAAAAUCCCCCUUCAAAAUAAGUCAAAAAUAAACAUGCCAAAAAAAAAACACAAAAAAACUGUGAUAAGAACCUGAAACUUUCACUUGCUAUCUGACCUGUGCCAUAGGCAAGGUGACAGUCUUAGCAACAAGUUAAGCUUUAUAUUGCCAGUGAUGCAGUCUCUGGAUGAGACUACCCACUCCCCCAGUAUUGUUUGGUCACCAAGACAUGACAUACAACUUAAUUAUGUUUAUAGCUAGCAUUCAUAAAUGGGUUCACCAUAUAUCAGGCAUGUCAAACAUGCAGCUCAUAGGCUGCAUGCGCCCCUUUGCAAGCACACAUGCGGCCCACACAAAUGACACUGUACACUUGUGGUCCUCGUGACAACACAAAUGUGGGCCAUGAGGCUCUCAGGGGACCCUCAGUUUGACAUGCCUGCCUUAAUUACAAUUAUGGUGCAUGACUAAGUAGAAAACCACUGUUUUACUAGCACUUAUGUAGAGUGAAAUCCAAGGGAGCUAGGAAUGUGAAAUACAUUGUGACAGUCAAGUGGGUGCAGAAAUGUUGAGAAAGAUUUUAAUUUCCUCAUUUGUGAACUGCACUGAGGAAGUGCUGGAGGAACAUUAUAUAUAUAUUUUGUACCAAUGAUUUCAAAAUAGAUGCGGAUACUCUAAUGAUGCGUAAUGCUAAAGUAAUAUGCUUUUAGCAUUUAAACACUUUUUAUUUCUCAGAUUAUGUUAUGUUGUCUGGCUGAAACUAAAGGAAUGAGUUCAGUUUUCGACGAUCAACCCUAAAAUGGUUGUAUUACAUGAAAUUAUAUUAUAAAUAACUUGUAACAGAACAUAUUGUUUGCAUUUUUACUUCUAAACAGUUACUCUGUAUAUUUUGUCUUGUGAAUGAUUGCAGCUGAUGAAAUAUUUGUAAAACUGUAUGUUGUACACAUUUGACAAAUGAGGUAUUUGUAUAUAUGUUGGCAUUAACUUGUCUUAUUUGGGUUUUCUUGCAUUGGAAUAAGCUCGUAGUGCACAGUUUUCAAGAGCUGCUGCUCCAAUGUUGAAAAUAUUUAUGCUGGAGAAAGAAAAAUCUCCUUUGUGCAAUCCAACAGCUUUUAUUUCACUUGUUGUUGCUGUUGCUUUGACGACGUUAAAGGUUGAUGUAUUCACAUAUAACUAGGGGAACACAUGGCUGUUCCAUAGAUGUGUGAAAUAGUUGUGUUCCAUGUCUUAUUUGAUGCUGCAAUUCUUUCUAAAUGUGAAAUUUUUGUAGACAUGUGAUGAUGCAUUUGUAGCAGCAAGAGGUUUAUCUAGUCUAUUGCUGUUUAUCUUGUAAAUAGUCUGCAUUCACAGAUAGAAAACAUUUUUUGUGAAAAGAUGAAAAACAGUCAUAAAUAAGCCAAGAGGACUCAAAUUAAAAUUAUUUUAUCAGUUUUGUGUUAUUCUGCUGGGUCAGUCAAUAUUUUGCAAUGUGGCACAUUCACACAAUCAUGUACCACAGCAUUGGGUAUGAAAAGAUUCACUAUCAUCUUCUAACACUUUUCAUUUUGCAAAACUGCAAAGAAGUCUGUUCCUCUACAUUCAAGUCUCCUUUGAUUCCAGUGUGUCUGUAUAUGUGUGUGCAUUUUUAUGCAUGUAUGUAAAUUCUUCAGCUUAAACUGAUUUAUUUCAAAAUGUGAUCUUCACCACUACUACUAUAUAAACAUUAUCUCUCUGCUGUAUAAUCAGAUCUGCAAAGGCAUUCAUGGAGCUGUAAUAAGAGCUGUAGACCAAGAGAGCAACAAAAAUCACAGUAUAUUGUGUUCUGAAAAACAAAUGUUCAUGAGUACUUGCAAGGUUACUUAACAAUUAGGGUUUGAAUAGGUACUCACUCUCUUUUAGGUUUAUGUGCCGCACCUCAUUGGAGCUUUGUUGUGAAAAUAAAGAGCACUUCCUUUUAGUACCAACGAACAGUAAUGAGAAGGACUUAAGAUAGUAAAAAUUAUGAAAAUACUUUGAUUGCUUUAAAUGUUGACGGUUGUUUAUUAAGUAUAUUAAAAUGUAGAUGGGUAAGUAAAAAAAAAUGUUGGGAUGCAGUAGUGCUGUAGAUAUGUUAGUGGCAUUGUAAAGAUGGAUUUUUUUCCCUAGCUGUUUUUACUCUGCUAGACUUUAAGAAAAACCUGAAUCUUUAUAGGCAUAGAAUGGCAUUGUUCAUGCAAGACAUUUGGCCUGUUACAUUUUUGUUUAAUCUGUGAAAAAGCGAAGUUUGACUUAACAAACAGCUGUGUUUCUUUUUUUGAAUUACUACAGCUUCUUGAGUGGAAAUGAGAGGUAGCAUGCAGUAGAUGGAAUGACUGGUGUAAGUGGCAGCUUUGUAAAGAUUUUAUUUGGAAUGAAGGCUAACCCCAUCUGAAUUUCUUGAUCAGCCAUAGCAGAUAAACACUUUUAAGUGAGUGUUCCAUGCUGUGUACCAAAAAUACUGGCCCAAGGCUAUUUACUGUAUAAUUUUUAACAGCUAUUGCUUUAAUGGGAAGUGACCAAAUGCCACAUGAUGAUCAUAGUCACAAUCUAGGCCCAUUCUGUUGAAUUGUAGCUUUUCCUAGCUGUCUUAUUAUGCCAUUCAAGUGAUUUUGCAGAAAAAUUCUUUUUAGAGAAAGCAUUGUAGAAAUUGCCAAUACCAUCUGCAGUUGGAUCUAAUCAAUUCUGAAGUUGCUGUCUUGCCUUAAUUGUUCGAACCAUUUCAUUUAAAGGAAUGUGCUGUUUUAUAUUACAUGCUAGGUAGGUCUAUUGCUUAUUUGUGAUAUGCUUUGUGCUGUGCACCUAGAUGGAUUUUAUGGUUUACUGUUUUUAAUCAUGCACAGUCAAGUGAAAUAAAUAGCUCACUCCCUAAGAGA